AUGGCACAGAUCAGGGAGAAAGAGAAAGCCCUCAGCAGGGGGUCUACAGACCCUAGCCCUCAGCAGGGGUCUACAGACCCUAGUCCUCAGCAGGGGUCUACAGACCCUAGCCCUCAGCAGGGGUCUACAGACCCUAGUCCUCAGCAGGGGUCUACAGACCCUAGCCCUCAGCAGGGGUCUACAGACCCUAGCCCUCAGCAGGGGGCUACAGACCCUAGCCCUCAGCAGGGGUCUACAGACCCUAGUCCUCAGCAGGGGUCUACAGACCCUAGCCCUCAGCAGGGGUCUACAGACCCUAGCCCUCAGCAGUAG